AGAAACAGAAAUAAACCAGUUGGGGAUAGAAGGUCUAUUGAGAAAAUAGAGAGAGAAGCAGAUGGUUGCGAAGGAAGAGGAGUAUAAAGUAAAAGAAAUUAUGAGAUAUUAAGACGAUGGUAGGAAAAAAGGUUGUACCGAUUUCUUUUGACACACAGAAAUUCUCUUUAGGGCGUCUGUACCUCCAUCACCCUUAGAAUCAAUGUUCAUGUGAAGUGUUUUUUUUUCAACCGAGGUUAUUUGUGCUUCAGGCGGUUUGAGUUUUAUAUUUUUGUCAAUAUCACGCUUAAUUAGCACGUAAAUGGAUAAACCUGUUACUCUGAAAUAAACGCAACUAAAAAUACCUUGUUGUUCCCGAAAACAUAAAUUCAAGUGACAUUCAGUAGUAGUUUCGCGCAACCGUUACCUAACCGACUUCUUAAACUACAGACUCAUUUUGCGAUAUGAGCUGCGUUAAAUUCUUCACGCUGAUGUUUGUAUACCGUGUUUCAGUUUGAUUUCUAUAAACUUUUCUAUCCAUCUAGGAGUACAUGUCUGUAAAGUAGGUAUCUCUUUGGCAUUCAAAGGCUGUAGUGUAAUCAGUCCAGUCUUUGGAGGGUAGCUACGUUGAAUUAAUGUUGGUUCAUGAUGGUAGGAUUUGAAGUUUUUACAUUUUGAUAACUUUAAUUUUUGUCAAGGAGAACGGUACUACGAUAAUAUUAAAGAGUUCAGUUUUACUGUUGACUGCUCUAAUAUAUGGUAGGAUAUGGCGUAAAUAGUCAAGCUGUUGAAAUUUAACAAAUGUUUGAAUUGGAACAAGCCUAAAAGAUUUCAGCGUGUAGAAAUAUUUCAGGCAAGUAGUAAUUGCUGUCAUAAUUUAAUAAAAUAUAGUACCAUAUUUAUUCUGAAUUGGGCUGUUUGUUUAUAAUCAUUUGUAGAAAUAAUCUCUUUAUGAUAACCUGUAACACUUUACUGAUAAAUGUUCUAUAAAGUCAUUCCCAGUAGUAACUGGCAACUGGAAUGUAGUUAAGUCUUUAAACAUUACAGGAUAUUGAAGACCGAUUUCAAGUUCUCACAAGGUACAGACAUAACGAUGUCUGAAUAUAUGCUGAAUUUAAUCAUACUAGAAAAAUUGGGUCGAACUGUAUUGUGUAAUCUUGAAGAUCAGAAACAUUAGAUGUGCAGACUAAAUUCCAUGGCCAUAGAACAAGACUACAUUAUCCAGAAAAACCUAAAGGCAAAUCUUAAAGGAAAUGGUGGGGGCCCAUGAUAAUUUUUCUCGCUUUGUGCGGUGCAUGUGUAAAGUAAUACUUCAAAUUACAUUCCCAAUAAGUUACUGUUAUUAGUUUUCGAAUUGAGUACUAUGCGAAUGGUAUGUCUGCGAGUGAAAACAUAGACAUAGAUGUUCGCUUCUGUUAGUUUUUGUGAAAUCACAUAUGACAAAGCGUAUCUAACGUUUCUUGCUUCAUGUAUCCCUUCAAAAGGAACUUGGCUCUUUCCAGUUUACAGAUUUUAAGAUUUCUAACUAUCCGUAUGAGUGUGUAUCUAACAGUUUUUUUUGUGGUUAAGAAAUUGUUCGGUAUCCUACACAGUAAGAAGUAUUUCUUUUAUAAUUAUAACUAUAAUUUGUGAAACCUGUGUUCAGUUUCUAUUUUUAUAGGAAAAAGAAUUGGAAAUUAUUCGUUCGCGUUUGUUAUCUCAACAAGAACUUGAACACCAACUUACUCAAAUGAAAGUUGUUGCCCGGCUUGCAGAUAAUGAGAUACAUGAAUUAUUGUGCCAUCGCGAACGACUUCUAGCUAGAUCCGAAGCGGAAUGCGUAGCACAGAUGAAUUCUUUAAUUCGUAACCAGGGUUCUACUUCGGAAACAAUAACUUCUCUGUGUGACAACAGGUGUUAUUCAUGUGAGAACUGUCCUCAAUCUGCACAUACAUUUCAUCCAAGCUUUGGCAAAGAAUUGCAACUUUCUAAUGCAGAUGUUUCAAACGCAGGUUCUGCUGAAAGUUUGGCUUCUGUGGUGAUGAUAAAUAAUCAGCUUCAGGAUCUUGAGUCAGCUGUUGUUAAGGCACAAACAGACUACCAAAUUAUGAGAAAGAAGUAUAUUGUACAACGAUUUAAUUCAUUGUUCGGAAAAGUCCUUGCAAAACACCGUGGCAGUAUAAUUAACAGCUUUCAAUAUUCAUGUGGGGUUUUGACAAGAGAACUUAAUAAUCUCAAAUCAAUGAUGGAUACUAGAUUCGAAAAACUCUGUGAAAAAAUUCUGAGUUCGGAAGCAAAGUUGACUCAAGCCAAUAAAGAAGUUACAGAGAUAAAAGCUAAGCAGAUAAAAAUGAUCACUGAAUUAUAUGCUCAGAGAAAACAGCUUUAUAUUGAAAUGGACAAAAUACGAUUAGAAUCUGAGAUUGGCUUCCAUGAUUGGGAAAAUAAAGUGAACUUACUUAAGACUGAAAAUUGUGAAUUGAAUGCCAAGCUUGCAUCUCUUCAUUCUUGUUUUGGAGGCAGUCAUGUAAAUAUUGAUGAAGAACUAAAGAAAAUGAAAGAGGCUGAUAUGGAAGUAUCUAAAUUAAGGCCAAAACUCGUUGAGUUUGAAGGCAAAUGUGAUGAGUUAAUAACUUUAAAUAAGAAUUUACGUGUUGAGCUUAAUGAUCAAAUUAAUGCCAAUAAAGCGUUCAGAGAGUCUGCUGAAGAAGAGGUAAACCGCCUGAAAGAUAGUCUUGCAAAUUGUGUUUCCAAUUAUAAAUCAAUUAUCAACACUAUGUCGGAAGAGCAUCGUCGUGAGAAAGACCAAAUUAUAUCAAACAUGAAGCAUGCUGAAGAGACUAAGGAUAUUUCUUUACAAGAAACUGCCAAUUUAAAAAUUUUACUAAAUAAUCUCAAAACUGAGCUAAUCGACGAAAAAGAAAAGGCUUCUCAGGUUUCAGCCCUAUCUGAUAGAUUUAAAAGUGAAGUAGCCGACCUACGUUGCAAUCUCUCUAAAACAAGGGAACACUUAUUAGAAGUUGAAGAAAGCUUAAAAUUAGAGGACAAACUUUCACUGACUGAAACUUCUUAUAAGCUGAAGGAAAAAGAGGUUUGUAGGUUGGUGUCUCAAAUUAUAGAAUUAGAAUCUGAAAAUAAACGAAGUUCUGAUAAAAUUAAUGAGCUCGAAAACUUAGCUAAGUCAUCCAGUCAUAUCCAAUUGGAUCUGGAGCAUCAUUUAGAAACCUUGAGAAUUCAACUUAACGAAAUGGAAAGUGGAUGGUUGUCUACGCGUGCACAGCUGGCUGAAACAAGGCAACAGUUAAUUAAGACAGAAGAGCUACUUCAUGAUACGAGGUUGCGUCUUUUACGAGCAAACUAUGAAAAAGCUGAAGUUUUAGAACGCUUAACACUAACCGAACCAAAGAAUGGAAGAACCCAAUCGACAUUAGAUCUCACCUCUGAUAUAUCAUCUACAACAUAUAAUAAUGUAAGUACUGGAAUCAAGCUAGUUCAUUCGGAAUCAACAUCAGAUUUUCUUGUAAAAAUAAACUCAGUGGAGAAAUUCAAAAUAAUCUCAAUAAAAUUGAUCAUAUCGGCACAGCAAUGUGAUCCACGUUCACAUCAUAUAUGUUUAGAUCAUUUAUCUGGUAAUAUGAAAGAAUGGCCUCCUUAUUCAUCCAUUACUGCUCCAGUUAGUCCUGGUGGAUUACAAAAAGAAAAUCACAAAGCAUUGUCUGGUACGUCUGUACCAUUUCAUAGUUGUCGCUUUGGUCGUCUGAUUAUUUCACCUGAUGGAGAUGAAGCAAAAGAACUAAAGUCAAUCACUUAUCAAACGACACACAAACUUUACUCAGCUCCAUCGAAGACAGAAAACGAGAACCAGAUAGUUGAAAUGGAGCUGAAUACGCCUGCUACAAGUAUAUCAACUGAACAUGAAAAGCAACCUAAUUCAGAAUCGGUCUCACUAACUUUACCAUAUAUACCUGAAACUCCUGCGUAUAUGUUGAACAUGGUCAAUCUUUCUCGAAGUUGCAGUGCUUAUGAGAUUGCUACAGUGCCCCUUAAACUUUCGUGCAAUAGUGAUCUCUCUACCAAAAACACAUUGUCGUCCACGUCAAAUUGUUCAAUUCCUAUGAAUAAUGACAGACCGAGGUUUAAGUAUGGUAGGUGGGUUUCCAAAAAACUUCACAAACGUUCGAAGCAUGGAGUUUCGCAAGAUCUAAAGAUUAAAGUUGGUCGAUUCUUGGAGCCUUAUCCGCCAAGUACUAACGACGUUCAUAGAAGUAAGGAAUUAAAAGAAGGUAAUUCUGCUAACAAGUCGACGUGGCAUAAAGUAUGGUCAAAAAACAAGUAA